AUGCGGGCGUACUGUAUUCUGUUGUUGAUUAUUGAGGCGUUGGUGGAAGGUAGGUGGGGUGUGAUUUAUAAUUUAAUAAAAUUCUCUCCUUCUAUCUACAUAAAUCUAUAAAUAGCUCGGGAAUUACAAAUCUUUGUAUUUCCAGAAAAUGUGUCAUGAUGACACUCCUUUAAAGUACGCCAAUGGUAUAAAAAACAGCUAUAUAUGGCAACGAUUUCUACCUAGAGCAAGUCAAAAAAUUCUGGGCCUUUGCAAGACUUGUCACCGCAAAAAAUCCAAAAAAUCUAGAAAAUGUGUCAUCCAAAUUGUGCACAUCAAAGCUGAUGAACUUCAAUUUUUUAUUGGGCACUCUGUAGAGUUCUCCUAGCCAUAUACAGCCGGUGUUUAUGCCAUUGGUACAUUUGAAACCGGUGUCAUCGCGACACAUUUUCUGGACACAUAAGUAUUAUAUAAGCCCGAAGUCAUAAUAAAGCUCUACUUUUUUUAGGUCAAGAACCCGUCUCUUCAACCGCCGCUGGUCUUACAAAUCCAGAGAAUUCCGGGGUUAACUCGGUAGCUCCAUCGGAAGAAGCCCUGUCCACAAUUUCCCCACUUCCCCAGCUAAACGAUGAAGUCGUUGAUGACAACGAUAUUCUACCAGAGUCGGAAACAUCUGACAUUGCCUCAAAUUUGGCGCAAAAUUCAGUCGUUGAGCCCAUCCGAUCAAACACUUUGACAAACACAGUUGUCGAUCAACCAGAAGUUCCCUCGUCCCAAAACGGACAACAAAAUCAGUUUGGAAAUCUGGCUGUGCCUCGACUCAACGGCCAAGCAAUGAUGUUCCCGCCUGGCAUGAUUUGUUAUUGUUGUCGUAUUAAUUGUUCGCCGAAUGGCGUUCCGCAAUACCAGCCGGUUCCGGCGCCUGCUGCUGGAGAGUGGAGUCAGUGGGGAGAGUGGUCGGCGUGCGAGGACAAUUUUGGAGGUAUGAAAAAUGUUUUAAUAGUAAAUAAUAUCAGUCUGUCGGGAAAAUAAUGGGCUAUGCCGCUUCGCGGAUCCGUCGCUGAAGUGAAAUGCAAUUUGAUUUUCCUGCGACACGAUUCAUUGUCUAGGCGGCCAUGCGAUUUUCUAUUUAACAGAGAGCUCAUUAUUUUCCCGACAGAUUGAUAUUCAUAUUUUCUUAAAGUGCAGUGAUAGUUGUCGCUGUCCGUUGCGGCCACAAAGAACCCGUUGUUUUGCACCGUGAAUUUCAAGGUUUAUACUCCCACACAUAUUUCUCAGACCACCUUUUAACACGACUGUUAAUUGAGCUACAUGUUCCAAAUUUUAACUCCCAUAUCAAAAAGAGCUGAAAAACAAGUGGUAAAACGUGGCAGAUUAUGCUUGCCAUGACUAGUAUAUAUGCCAAGUUUCAAAGUGAUUGAGUUAUAUUCAUUUGAGGUAUGGGUGGUCAGAAAUUUAUGUCCGGGAGUAUAGGAGCAGAAAGAUAUCAAAAGCUUACCAUUUAAGUCCAAUAACAUGAAUUCCCAUUCUAGUGACCUCCCAGACUCGUCGCCGCACUUGCAUCAGCGGACAAUGCAUUGGCGGGGAGUUUGAACAGGCCAGAAGUUGUCUGCAGACCCCACAGCAGGAUCAGCCGCCAAUCUCUCAAAACACUUGGUCGGGUUGGAGUAACUGGAGCUCGUGCAGGUAAAGAUAAUACAUAGCAAUAAUUUUAAGAAAAAAGUAUGAUUCUGUCGGGAAAAUAAUGAACACAAUGUCGCUCAGCCAAUCGUGUCGCUGAAGUGAAAAAAAUCACCUCAAUUUUGCCAACAAUUCAUUAUCUCGGCGGCGGAUUUUCGAUGUAACAGAAUGCUCAUUAUUUUCUCGACAGACCGAUAUACAUAUGUGCAUAUCUUCAUUUUAUCCUUUCAGCAAAUCAUGUGGUCCUGGAAACUUCCGCACUCGCGCACGUCAUUGCCAAUGCGCCAACGCCGUAGCUCUCGAGCAAUGCACUUGCAUUGGCGAGAACCUUGAACGCCAAGAAUGCCCGAAUGUCCCCUGUUGUGUUCACAGCCCAUGGUCCGAAUGGUCGGCAUGCUCAUCAUCAUGCGGACCGAACGGCCUCCGCCAAAGGGUCAGAGUGUGCUCUUGCGGCGAGGGAGCCGAUUGUGACGCGUUGGGAGCUCGAACCGAACAACAACCAUGCGGGUUUUCGGCGUCUUGCCAACCUCAGCGAGACGAUCCUUGCCAGAACUGCGUCACCGUGCCGACAGUGCCCACUUGCGUUAACUGCAACAAUGUUUGUUCGUAUUGUCCGGUGGGGAAUACCCUGCCCUGUUACACAUGUUUGAGCCGGAAGAAGCGGAGCGAGCUGUUGAUGGAGAUGGGAGUUAUCGGUCGAAGAUGA